UCAACACCACGCAGUCGCUAGCGUCGCUCACGCCAACAUGGCUGCGAUCCGAAAACAGUUUCAGUUGGAUAAAUUAAUGUUGAAAAAUGAUACCGCUUCAGAUUUCUACCUUGGCUCUUGUCAGUGCAAUCGGAACGCUCUGCCUCUGUUAUGUAUGCGACUCGUCCUGUUCCUUGGCUGUGUCAGCAUGCUGCUGUCCUCGAUGCUACUGCCAGAGAGAAUCGUCGACAUCGCCCACUGGCCCAUCUAUAUGACACAGUGGGGCCUCAUCAUGAUCACCGUUACUUACGGGCUCGCGACCGCUGUGUCUGCUGUAGCGUACUUCAAAGGACCGAUUGAUGCAACUUUUGGCUUGCCGUGGGUGGUCCGACUCUUCUGGGGCAGCUACUGCAUCGCGGUACCACUCGCAUUUUUCAUCACAGCCUUCUACUACCUCCUAGUUAGGCCUACUAUCUCCGAGGCCUUUGAAGUGAACGAAGUGCUAGACGUGUUCACUCACGGCAUCAACUCGGUGGUGAUGUUCAUACUGCUGAUGACGUCCAACCUCUCGAUAUACCUCGUGCAGUUCUUGUACCCGAUGGCGCUCAUGCUCGUCUACAUGAUCUUCAGCAUCAUCUAUUAUUAUGCAGGAGGAACUAAUCAGAAUGGCGAUCGCUGGAUAUACCCCGUCCUGGACUGGUCGGAGCCCUCGACAGCCGUCGGUUCGGUGUUCUUAGCCCUGGUCAUGAUCAUCAGCAUCUACAUUCUGGUGUUCUUCAUGACGCUGCUCAGGGACCUGCUCACGCGACGGUUUAGGCACACUACUUUACUUAUCACUGAUUUAUGAAAUCUAAAUGGAGAAGAGACUCUGAAAUUCGAUAUUCUAACGUAAAUAAACCUACUUAGUCAUAAGUUAUAAAUUAAU